AUGCCCGAAGAGUCAUUCGGCUUGUUCAGCAGUUCAGUAGUUCGGCGAUUCACCAGGACUAGUCGUUCAGCAGAGGCACAAAGACACCAAAUCCAUCUCAAGUACCGACUACUGUCCUUCGUACCUCGUCCAUCCUCCGUCCUCCGUCCUCCGUCCUCUCCAUCGGAUGCCUCAUGCACUGCCACGGGACCAUGGCGCAUUGGGGGGAUUCGGGGCGCCUCAAUGGAAUGGAGCACUCUGGUUGGCUGUUGCCUGGCGGCUUGCGUGAGAUGGACGCCUUGUCGGGACGAUGGCGAUGGUGGAUGGCUUAUGCUAAAGGUUAUGCGGAGAAAGUCGCUUGGUGCAGGUUGUGUCGUUGCUCGGCCUUUCCGAGAAAUGUCACCAAAGGAUCAUCUCAUGAAUUAUCACGUCCUUGAUUCAUCAUCUUCCCUCCCUCCAACAAGGCUGAACCCAAAGACACCAUCGCCAAUCGUUCCUCCACCAGACGGGAUCCCGCUGCCCCGGGGAACCCAACUGGAGACGGGACCCGUUGAGGACCACUAA